CGCGCGCGCGCGCACACACACACCCAGUCACUCACGUGCACGCGCGUCCACCUGCUCGCUCUUCAAGGAGUCAAACAAGGAAACUAAUUGGGAAAAAAAAACCAAACUGAGGAGCUCCGGACAGGUGGAGGUGUCGUCUCGUGAGUGGAGCCUGCGGCCGAGACCAUGGACGAGGUGGAGCCCACUGACUUCCAGGCGCGGCGGUCCAGGUUCCAGUGCUGGGCUGAUGUGGUCAACAACCACAGUCCUUUGACGCCCGAGCAGCCAGCGAAAGCUAAUAAUGUCAAGGAGUUGGUGACGCGUCUUAAUCAGAAGUUAAUCAUUACAGAGGCCGAUCAAAAAGACAAGCCAAAGGAGAAGUGCAGCCCAUCUACCAUGACGCCACCUAUGCCAGUCAGUGCCCCAGCUGAGCCUCUGGACCGGGAGAAGAUGACGGCCGACACUUUCCGACAGAUUAAGAGCCUAUGGGAGAGCACGCUGUCCCACACACUGAAGCCUCCCGGUGCACCACUGCCAAAGCCCAGGGGUCUCAUCAAGCCCGUCCCCAGAACCAAAGAGGUGAAGGCACAUCCUGCCCUGCUGCCUCCCGUGCUGCUGCCCUCGCUCUCAGAAUGGCACCCGUCUGAAGCCCUGAGACACACUUCCACCUCACAAUUGGAAACCUGGCCGCCCAGGAGGAAAGUCCUCCCCAGCCUCGACUUGUUGGGAAUCCCCCCUGGAAAGCCCCCCAGGCCAGCAAAUGUGGAGCUGGAGCGUUUCUGUGUUCACAGGGGGGCAUUGGAUUGGCCACAUGCACCUCUGACCCCCGACACCCAAGCUGAAGACGCGUUCCUGUCUCCUGGUAUUCCUGUCCUCAGAAGUUUCUCAGAAGAUUCUGGCACUUAUGAGGAGCGCACAAACUCCAUGUACGAGCCGAGUGAAGAGUUGGGUGGGCUGAGGCAGGCUGAUGACAGCCAUGAUGCCAGCUCUCAGACAGAUUCCGCGAUGGAAACCCAAAGAUUCGACCCGUCCAUUUACGAGAACAUCAAUGACACUCUGUAUGAUGACGUCAAUGAAACGGAUGUUCACAUGGACAUUGGACUCCAUCAGCCAAGGAAACCGAAGAACCUGGUGCCCGUCACAGCUAGUGAGGGUUGGCGCCAGAACCCAAUGAAGAAUGGAGGUGAUAAGAAGGUCUUCCCGUUUUCCAAAGUGAGCUACGGAGAAAACGCCAACGAGAAGGAGAAAAAGAAACGACAGAAAGAAGUAAGACAACGGGAGAAGAAGGAGAGUGACAUCCGGAGGCGAUUCCACGUCACCGGCCUUGAAGAGCCAAUUCACAUCGCCCAAGUGCUGGAGGGCACAAAGGGGGGCCGGAAUGAGCUUCAGGUGUGGGCAGGUGACUCAGUGGACAUCAUUCGCACAGAAGAGUGCCCAUCAGGGAAGUGGCUGGUCAGAGAUGGUAGCGGCCACUAUGGUUAUGUGCCCAUCAGCAUUCUCAAGCUUAACCCUAAAGACAUCCUGGCAUCGGGGAGAAGAGGCUCAGCUUCUAUCACAACCAGCACCCCUAAACAUGGUACUUCAUGGCAGAUGAACAGAUCCUUAGUGAUGCUGGACACGUCAGACACCUGUGACUUUGACAGUGAGACGUACGAGGAUAUAGAGUGUGGAGUGGUGGGUGGCAGUUCUGAACCUGAGCCUCCAUACCAAAGUGACAUCAUCUAUAAGGGCAGCAGGCCAAAGAAGAAGUAAGCAGGCCUGGUCCUUCACGGGCCCAAAGAUUUGACUGCCCAAUGGUGCAGGGCACAGAAGAUGGCACUGCCUGGCCCCUUUCAGCUGACCUUGUUCCCCUCCCCUUGUUAGAAGUAAUAAAGUGGUCUCACUGGUCA